AAUGCCAUGACGUCACAGUUGGCACCUCGCAACGGCUUCAAUGGAGGAGUAGGAACUAAUACAAAUCCCAAAUGAAAGUCCCCUUCUCCCGUUAUAAAUGAAAGAGGAACCGGCAAGCGGCGAUCUGGGAGCGGAAACACAAAUGUGUUUCCACAACCGGAUCGUCAACCCAGUUCCAUGGCGUCUGUCGAAGGCCUACAAGAAAGCCCAUCCGGCAGACUUCCGCUCGGAAUAUCAGGAGGCGUACAAGUGGUGGGAGUUCCAGCCCCCGAGGGAUCCCCUGAAGCCUGUGACGGCCAACCACGAGACCAACGCCGUCACGGACAUGCAGUCGCUCUACAGGAAGGACUUCGUCACCCAUUCAGUGAAAGAAAGCAAACGCGCACCCAUCAAGCAGAAAGAUGAGUACAUUGUCCCUCGACCCAAGGCCCGUUUGAGGACCACAUACCGGUCGGACUAUACCGAACAGAAACUUUCAGCAACCAAUUCGUUCAAGCCAAACCCGGUUUACGAGUCCCCGAAGGUCAAGUUCAGAGGUCAGUCUGUUUACCAGAGUGCGUACGAGGCUUACGAAGCGGAACUAGCACGAUCAUGUCGGCCAUCCCUCAUCAUGCCAGUUGAAGGUAUUGAGGUCUCCAAGGCGACAGAUGGCAAUAAUGUCUCUACCUGCCAGGACAGCUACCCAGCGCACAAGAACGUGGAACGCCCGUCUCUAAUCAUACAGGAUGACAACAAGAUCCAGCCCGACGGGCCGUUCGACAGCACCACCAUGUAUAAAUCAAACUACACCAAGACAACAACGAAGGCACCACGAAAAGCCAUAGGCCAGAUACUUACCCCAAAAAGGCAGCCACCAUUUGAGGCUGUGUCAACAUUCAUGGCCGACUACAAGCAGCAUAAGAACGCGAGGCGGGAGCCGAGCUGUCGACCCCCAGAGGCCACGGUCGUCGUCGCCGACGUUCCCUUCGCGAAAGAGACUACGACGUCAACAACAUACAAGUCGUGGCCGGUCCAGCCCAAAGAAAACCACACGUGGGCUAAGAAGGCCGAGUACAAGCUACCUCCCGGCAAGCUGCUUUUAAACACUACAUAUACGAUGGAUUACCAAAAUCCGAUCCCUCCCAAGCCACGUGCCAUCCCUAGAGUUCCGAGUGGCGCCGGCCAGGACAUGAUCAAGCACGCGAAUGGUGACUCUAGUGGGGACGGCAACACUGUGUACAGGGGGAGCUAUAUGGCGUGGCAGAAUACACGCCCCGCCUCACCCUACACCCCCAAGAGGGAGUAUGAAGCACCCAAAGAGCAGAUGGCCAAUUUAUCAACACAGCAGAGUCACUAUCGGGGGGAGCAGACGAAGAGAGCAGAACUGUGUCGACACAUUUCGGAGCACCGGCGGCUCAACCAGCUAAAAAGCAUGUGCUUCCGAACAACAUAUAAAGACACGUAUACUGGUGGUGUUGCGCGGCCAAAAAGUAGUCCCUCUUCUUUGAGCAGUAGCUCACCUGGUGUAAAGACUUGCCCUGCUACUACCUGUGUCCCAGGUAAUGUGGAAACCAAGUCGCCGGCAGAGACAAACACCACCAGCACAGUCAACGUGUCAAACGACUCGGGCGUCGACGUCGGCAAAGUAGAAAGUAAUUAAAAAUGGCGGAAGGAUGCAGUUCACUUGAUCUCAAAGUGAAAAUAACACAAAUAACAAAUUGAAAACAUAUUUUUUUAUGAACCCUUUCGCAAUACAUCUGUUUUAUUCUGUUGUCAUUAAACCCGCAUAAUGUGGCUUUUAUACGACGUUUCAUUUCGGUGAAUGAUUUGAAAUUGAUAAUUUUACUAAAGAUCAAAUUGGAAGACAUUUAAACUUUCAUAUAACAUGCCAUGACAUUGUAACCUUACGUGGAUUUCAACGUGUUUUCUGUAUAUGGUACUAUUUUGUACUCCUUUACUGAAUGUACAAAUGAAUGUAUUUGAAAUAAUUUCUGAGUGUCGCAUAUUCAGUGGUUUGUGAUGUAACUUAAUAUUUUAUAUCCAAAUAUUGCAACUUGUAUAAUUUACAUGUGAGUUUCUCAUGAUCUUUUCUGAAACAUUUCAUGGAGCAUUCUAUUUUGAUACAAUUUUUAAUACAGAGAACAUUGUCUUUACACUGGACCCGGUUAUUUGUAGAUAUUUACAAUGGUAUAUUACAAAAUUCUAUUAUUAACAGUUUUACUCACUGAUAUACACUUUAAAGGCUUAGAAAUUGCAUAUACGGAGUGUGCCUAUAAAUCUGUUUAACAUAUGUUAUAUGGCAAUGGUUUCACAAAUAUUUGUGUUUGACACAACAGACGGGAUUUAUACGGCUGGUCUGUUUUCAGUGUGUAAUCUUGUAUAGGUCGCCUCAAUAAAGAGAAGACAUGUUUUUUU